AUGGGGAAACAGAGGGCCAAUAGCAACGGGAGCAUUAGCAACGGGAAUCCUGAUCAGCAACUAGGUCUCACCAAGGCUCCUUCAUCGGCUUCCAUCAAUGGCGGGGUGACGAAGGUGAAGAGGACGAGGAGGACCGUGCCACGAGACUCCCCGCCCCAGCGUAGCUCCAUCUAUCGCGGCGUCACCAGGCAUCGAUGGACUGGUCGGUAUGAAGCUCAUUUGUGGGACAAGAACUGCUGGAACGAGACACAGAACAAGAAAGGGCGUCAAGUCUAUCUAGGUGCUUAUGAUGAUGAAGAAGCUGCUGCUCAUGCCUAUGACUUGGCUGCACUCAAGUAUUGGGGUCCAGAAACGAUCCUUAACUUUCCGUUGGCUACGUAUGAGAAGGAGAUCAAGGACAUGGAGGGGCAGUCGAGAGAAGAGUACAUUGGAUCGCUCAGAAGAAAAAGCAGCGGGUUCUCUCGUGGGGUUUCGAAGUACAGAGGGGUUGCAAGGCAUCACCAUAAUGGAAGGUGGGAAGCCAGGAUCGGCAGAGUGUUUGGCAACAAGUACCUCUACCUUGGGACCUAUGCUACUCAAGAAGAAGCUGCUACGGCAUACGAUAUGGCGGCAAUAGAGUAUAGAGGCCUCAAUGCCGUCACUAAUUUUGACCUUAGCCGUUACAUUAAAUGGCUAAAACCUAAACAAAACGGGACCGAAGGUACCGACCUCAACCAUCCUAACCCUAACCCUAGGAUGCCAACCUCACCCACCAACCCUAGCCACGAGCUCGGGCUCAACUUCUUCCAGACCACCCAACCACCGCAACCGAACUACCAACCCACACGGGCCAGUAUCGAACCAACCGCUGCUAAUGCAGCUACCACUCUGGUCCAACCUAGUAGACCGACCAACACCACGUCCGCGCUGGGGCUCCUACUCCAAUCCUCCAAGUUCAAGGAAAUGAUGGAGAUGACAUCAGCAACAGACCAUCAUCAGAAUCACUACUCCCCGACGGUUCCCACGAUGAGCCUCGAGCUCGAGGCUCCACAAUGCAGCUUCCCGGAGGACAUCCAGACUUACUUCGGGUCCCAGGACUCGAGCAGUUAUGGCGAAGAAGGCAGCCAUGACAUGAUCUUCGGUGACAUCAACUCGUUCGUCCCACCGAUGUUCCAUUGCGAUUUCAGUGCAUAA